AUGAAUGUCCUCACCGCGGCGGCCUCUCUGGCCUGUGCCUCCCCUCCCAACCAGAUCAGGGAGGAGCUGCUCCGCUACCGCCGGGUGCGCACCACCGGCGUAGGCCUCGGCGCUGGCCUCGUCACCACAUCAUUCGCACUGGGGAUUGCCGACGGCGCGAUCAGCCCCGUUGCCGCCGCCGCCGCCGCCGGCGUGGGCCUGACCGCCGCCGCCGCGGUGACGUGGUCCCACAACGAGGCGCGGCCGCCCCUCUCGGACUCGCGGUUCGUGGUGCAGGACUCGCUCAUUCCUUUCGCCGGGAAGGGCCUCUUUGCAGCGUCGCCCGUCCGCGAAGGCGAGUACCUCUUCGAGUACGCCGGUGAGCGGCUCUCCGAGGAGGAAUACUUUGAGCGUUACCGCUCGGGCGAGGGAAGGUACGUCGCCGUGGUGGACACGCUAGCGCUGCUCGGCGAGCCAAUCUACACUGACGCGGCGGACCCGGCUCGAUCCGGCAUCGCGCGGUGGAUGAACAGCCUCCCCGAGGGCGAGUGCAACGUGCGCAAGCGCAAGCAGCGCUUUGGCGGGCAGCGUGGGCGCAUGUUCUUCUACGCGGCGCGGCCCAUCGAGCCGGGCGAGGAGCUGACGUUCGAUUAUGGUGCGGCGUAUUGGGACGCGGUUUCGGGGCCCGGGGGCAUGAGCAACGCCCACCUCUUCUGGAGACCAAACGCCGCGCGGCCCGCGGCUGCGGCAUCGAGCUUUGUGGACCGCGACCGCGCCGGCGACGAGGAGGCCACCGCCGUCGGCUCGUGGAAUCCGAAUGAGCGGCUCAGCCUCGCGCAGCAGCGGCUGCGGCUGCCCAUCUUUGCCAACCGGCGCGAGCUGCUGUACAUGGUGGAGCGGUACCGGACGACCGUCGUCGUCGGCCACACCGGGUGCGGCAAGACGACGCAGAUCCCGCAGUACCUGCACGAGGCGGGUUGGACGGCCGGUGGGCGCGUCGUCGGCUGCACUCAGCCCCGUCGCGUCGCGGCGGUCUCGGUCGCACAGCGCGUCGCCGAGGAGAUGGGGGAGGCGCUCGGAGGCACGGUCGGGUAUGCGGUCCGCUUCGACGACUGCUGCUCGCGCGAGGCCACGCGGCUCAAGUUCAUGACGGACGGGCUGCUGCUGACCGAGUUCAUGAGCGACCCGCUGCUCUCUCGCUACUCCGUCUUGAUGGUGGACGAGGCGCACGAGCGCUCGCUGACCACGGACGUGCUGCUCGGGCUGCUCAAGAAGCUUCUCCACGCGCGAGACGACCUCCGCCUCAUCGUCGCGUCCGCCACCGUCGACGCUCUCCGCUUCAAAGAGUUCUUCGAGCUCCGCAGUAGCGGCGGCGGCGGCGGCGGCGGCGGCGGCGGCGGCGGCGGCGGCGGCGGCGGCGGUACCGCCGGCAUCGUCUCGCUGCGCGGCUCGGGCGUGCACGAGGUUGCGAUGCACUUUGCCGAGGCUCCGGUCAGCGACUACCUCUCGCAUGCCGUCGAGUGUGCGUGGCGGCUGCAUGUCUCUCCCGAAGAGGGCGACGUCCUCCUCUUCCUCACGGGGCAGCAGGAGGUCGACACCGCCGUCUCGCUCCUCACCGACCGCGCGCUCGCGGAACGGCCUCGCAGGCGGCUCCUCGCCCUACCGCUCUACGGCUCCCUCAGCCACGCCGCGCAGAUGCGCGCCUUCGCGCCGCCGCCGCCGGGGGCGCGCAAGGUGAUCGUCGCGACCUCCAUCGCCGAGACUUCCGUCACCAUCGACGGCGUGGUCUUUGUCGUGGACUGCGGCUGGACAAAGCAGCGGCAGCAGAACCCGAGCACUCUGCACGAGGCCCUCGUCGUCGUGCCCGAGUCGCGCGCCAACGCGCGCCAGCGGGCGGGGCGGGCAGGCCGGGGCACACACACACACACCGCUCACCCACGCGCACCGGGCCUUGCACUUUCAAUGCCGUGGGGCUCCUGUCGUCUAGACGUGGAGUCGCGAGGGUCUAGCCGGGCCCUUUUCCCACCACCACCUCGUGUGUGUGGACGGGUCCGGCCCGGCGCGUGCUACGUGCUGAUGACGGAGGCGUCCUACCACGGCUUGCCCGCCCACAACCCGCCAGAGAUGCAGCGAUGCUCGCUGGCGGCGGUCACGCUGCAGCUCAAGGCGCUUGGCAUCCAAAACGUGCUCCGGUUCGACUUCCUCUCGCCGCCGCCGCCAGAGUCGCUCUCGCGCGCCCUCGAGCUCCUGUUCGCCCUCGGCGCCCUCACCGAGGCCGGGGAGCUGACCCAGCCCAUCGGCGACCGCAUGGCGCGGCUACCUCUCGAGCCCCAGCUGGCGGCGAUGCUCCUCGCUGCAGAGGAGGAGGCGUGCGUGGAGGAGGCUGCAGCCGUCGCCGCCCUCCUCUCGGUCCAGUCCGUCUUCACUGUCUCGCGCGCCAAGGAGCUCGAGGCCGCGCGCGCGCCCUUUGCCGUGUACGAGGGCGACUCGGUGACGCUCCUCAACGUGCACCGCCGGUUUCUGCGGCAGCUCAAGCGGCACGGGUCGGCGCGGGCGGGCAGCUGGUGCCGCAGGCACCGGCUCAACGAGCGGGUGCUCGAACGGACCGGCACCGACGGCGUGCGGCGCGCGAUCGUGCGCGGCUACUUCGUGUCGGCCGCGCAGGUCGUCACGGGGGGCGAGUACGCGGCGACCCACACCGGCGCCGCCCUCUCCCUCAACCCCAACUCGGCCCUCUGGCGGGCGCCGCCCGAGUGGAUCGUCUUCCACGAGACGGCCUUCACGGCGGAGAAGGAGUACGUGCUCUCCGCCACCAAGAUCGAGAGGGAGUGGCUCACCGAGCUCAAGGGCCCAUCGGACUUCUUCGAGGUUGCCAUCGCAUCGGCCGUCGCAACCUCUCAGCGGCUCAGCAUUGAGGCGCAACGCUACGCGGAGGCGGCGCACGCCCAGGCGGCCGUUGGAGCCAAGCGCUCAACCUGCCGCGAUGCCGCCGAGGCGCUCGCGCGCCAGGGGGAGUUCUCGCUCGUGGAUCUCCUCCUCGCCGUCGCCAGCUUCUUGUCCCCGGCCAAGGCCUCCGUCCUGCUGCAGCUCGUCGAUCGCAUGGCACAAGUUGGACCCCACCGCCACCUCGACACGGGCCGUUUCCACGCUUGCCUCCUGGCCCUCCCGGGGGACGAGGCACCGCAGCUCGCCUACUUCGACGACGCCUUGCACCACUUUGGAACCGCGUGCUACUCUGACGAGGCACAUUUCCUGUGA